AGGGAAUGGGAGCGAGUAUCUCAGUCAGCUCUUGGGAGUUAGAGUGUCUAGGUGAGGUGCACAGUUUUCCAGAUGCUUGAUCUUGAAGUUGCCUUUCUAUUUUUGUGGGCACUAUAAUUGAACAAUAUUGGGACAACAUUGAAAUGGGAAAGAAAAAGGAAAGACAAAAUUCUCCACAGAUCGAUGAGACCUCUGAUAGUUUUGAGCCACAAUGUGUACAUGUUCGUAAGGGACUGAACCUAAACCAGAUUAAGAAACAAUUGCAUCAGCGCUGUUGGAAUGCUUGUGAGGACUGCAAAGUGAAUGCUAAAACUGAGAAAAAACAGGAACCUGAUGACCAUCCGACUGUCUGGUUAUGCUUAAAAUGUGGGCAUCAGCUGCUGUCUUGAACAUACUGUUAUUUUAUACUCCCGAGGUGGUGAGGGAAGCUGAGCAGGGUUGUGGGAGGGAUUCAGAAGAACAACAUGCUGUUAAACAUUAUGAGAAACAGCAUUCAGAAUCACACUCAGUGGUUCUUAAUUUGGACUCCUGGAGUGUAUGGUGCUACUUGUGUGAUGGUGAAGUGUGUUAUGAAGUCAAAGAUCAAUUAGGUCAAUUUGUAGCAUAUGUCCAAAAAAAGACAGCUGACAAAUACGCUAAAGGAGCUGUAUUGUCUCAAACAAAUGAAAACGGUAAGGGAAAAGAAGACAAUGCAGUAGAAGCUGGAAAACAUGAGAAAGGGAAGACUGUGGCACAAAACAACCAACAGAUACCAGUGAAAGGACUCAGCAAUCUUGGCAAUACUUGCUUUUUUAAUGCUGUCAUGCAGAUCUUGUCACAGACCUAUGUACUGAAUGAGUUGAUGCAAGGGUUAAAAAUGAAUGAAGCUACAAUGACUGUUGUAACACCUGACUCUCUCAAUCUGGGACACCUAGAGAUUCACCUUGAUCAACCAGGACCACUGUCAUCAGCAAUGCGCCAAUUUCUUCUUGAUUUCCAAGAUACCAGAAAGAAUGUUCUCACCCCAAAGGAGCUGUUCACUCAGGUCUGUAAAAAAGCUGUACGAUUUAAAGGGUUUCAACAGCAAGAUAGCCAAGAGCUGCUUCGUUACUUGUUAGAUGGAAUGAGAACCGAGGAAAUCAAACGUAUAGGUACUGGCAUUUCAAAAGCCUUAAAUUACUCUUCAGAGACGGUGGAAAAUGAAGAAUCCAGGAAAACCAUGAAAGUGUAUGAAAAAGAGGGGUCCAUGCUGAACUUCGUUGACCAGGUAUUUGGGGGCACAUUGACAAGUACAAUCAUGUGCGAGGAGUGCAAAAUGGUUACCUUAGUGAAAGAAUCUUUUUUAGACUUGUCGCUCCCUGUUCUGGAUGAGCAGAGUGAUAAGAAAAAAGCCCUAGGAAAAAAUGGAAGAAAUACGAGUGAGGACAAUCAGAAUGAUAACCAUGGGAAUUGUGAUGGAAAUUUUGUUUCCAAGAACAGAGAUGAUGUCUCAACUGGCAUUACCAAAUACCAACAAAAGAAGGCAAAGAAACAGGCUAAAAAGCAAGCCAAGAACCAACGUCAGCAACAAAAGCACCAGGCAAAAGUGCUUGAUUUGGAGAACUCCUCCCCUGCCAAAUGUUCCUUGGAUGAAGCACAGAGUGAUAAAGAUGCUGCUUGUUCGGAAAACAAGGCAGACCUAGAAUCAGAUAACAUUGUAGAAGAGGUCUGUCCAGAAGAGAGUCUUUCUGACAGCAUACCUACUGACCACUGUCUUGGAACCAUAAGAAAAGAAUCCAUGGAAGAAAAUGGCCAAGAACUGAGCCAAGACAACACUAAUGUAAAUAAUGAGGAAGAGGAGUCUAGUGAAAUUGCGCAUAGGGAAAAACACACUAAUCAUUCCCACAACUCAAAAAACUUUGACUCUUCAGAUAUACUUGAGUCAUUCGUGAUGAAUGAGAACCAAUUUAGUGCACUUUGCUCCAGUGAAGAUGAAGAAAAUAUUAUCAAUAAUAUGAAUGAAUUAAAUCUGAAUGAGUGCACAGUGAACCACGAUGAAAUAGCUUUAACCCUGGAGGAGUAUAAGAACUCUGGAACUACAAAUGAUUUGCUCUCUUCCGCGAAAGACAAACAGGUGGUUUUUUUGGACCCAGAGAAAGCAUUUUGCACCCUUACAGACAGAGAGCUACUGAGCAUAGAGGACUGUUCUAUUGGGGCUUGUUUGCGUCAGUUCACUCAGAUAGAAAAACUCAUUGGAGCAAAUAAACUGCUGUGUGAAGAAUGUACCCAAAGGCAGCACAAAAAUGGAUCAAAGACCAAUGCAAAUGAUGAAAAGAAAAUGUACACGAAUGCCAGAAAACAAAUGCUUAUUUCAUCUCCUCCUCCAAUUCUUACACUUCAUUUGAAAAGAUUUCAACAGUUAGGGUUCAAUCUUCGCAAAAUAAACAAGCAUAUCCGUUUCCCACAAGUGCUUGAUCUUGCUCCGUUCUGUGCACUAAACUGCAAGAAUGUGGCAGAGAACUGUACGAAUGUAUUAUAUAGUCUGUAUGGAGUUGUGGAGCAUAGCGGCACUAUGAGAUCUGGACAUUAUACGGCUUAUGUUAAGGUGCGAACUCCCUGCAGUCGCCUUGCUGAAUAUGUGAUGACUAGAUGUACACUGCCAGAAAUCAAAGCAGAGCCACCCAUGGGUAACUGGUUCCAUAUAAGUGAUACCCGUGUGCAAGCAGUGCCAGAGAUGAAAGUACUAAGUGCCCAGGCCUACCUGCUGUUUUAUGAGAGAAUUCUUUAACUGUCACCUAUGAAAGGACAUAUUACCAAUUUUUCAUUUCAGAAUAGACCACUUGUUUAAUCUCUGGCAGAAAAAUGGAAAUGAAUGUCAAAGUUCUAAAUCUAUGCAACAUUCAAUUAGAUUAAAUAAUUGCCCAAAGGAAAUGGCUUGUAUGACAUGAACCCUUAUGUACUACUAUAGGUAAAAACAAAUUAGCCAUUUUGAAAGUAAGCCAUGCAAAAACUUGAGAAUAAAAUGUAUUGACUUAAAUUUAGAGGUAUAUUUUGCUAUCAAAAGUACUUGUUGAAUAUAUGGCAUUUUAAAAAAUAUUCAUGGCCCUCAUUUCUUAUCCUAAAACUAUGGGCAUUUCCAUAAUUUGAAACCAAAUGUUCAUGGAAGUCAAGUGGAAGAUUUUUUUUAUAAAUUAAAUUAUUCUGCUCAUUUAAAUGUUGUGAAAUGUUUCCAAGUUUGAAAGUGAGGAAGACAACCACAUCUGUUGAUCAGAUUAACUUUUUCACUCCAAGCAAGCAGCCACCAAUGGUUACUAAAGUCAAACCUGACAGACUUGAAGCAUUUGUUUCAAAAUUAUGUAUAAUGUAAUGUUGUAAGUUUAUUGGUAAUCAAAAGUCACAGGCAAUCACAACUGGAAUAAAACAGUCUUUAUAUUCA